CGCUAAAAUAAUUUUCUUGAAUGAAGAUCGUCACUACCUUCCAAAAAUGAGAAUGAACGGGUUCAAGGCCGUUACCGGGUUGCCACCUGUUCUCAUUUUAUUAUGUUCUCCCUGCAAAGAUAAUCUCCUUCGCUUAUUUCCUUCUUCUUCCCCUGCAUGUAUACGGACAAUGCCUUACGUGGACUUGCACAGUGAUGACGACUAUGCCUCGAUAUACUACCUCACGAACACGACGUUUGGCAAUGUCGGCAGCUUCGAUCCUGACAAGCCGACUGUCAUUCUGCUGCACCCUUUCUUCCUCGACUCGACAUGGCUCGACAAUCAGUUUGGCGACCCUCGGCUGUACAAGAACUACAAUAUGAUUGCCUUCGACAUGAGAGUGUGCGGGAGAUCGUCUUGUCGGCACAGUGGGCGCCAUGAUAGCUGGGUGGAGGCAGCGGAUCUCGCGUUCUGCCACCAAAUACUUCAUUUACCUCUUUGCCACGUUCUGGCACACGACAAUAUAUCUGUCAACUGCGCCUUGCGUUUCGCCUUUCUUUUUCCGGAUAUGUGCGCCAGUCUCACAUUGUGCAAUGCACCGGCGCCCACUGAGUUAAAGUGGGUCUUGACGGCGUUUCACGAGCUUCUGCAGUCAUGGUGUUUUGCAACCGACCUCGAGAGCUUCGAGCAUGCUGGAAAAGAGGGCGCUAGGAUAAUCAUCGGCCCAGACAUCGACAGUGAUCUCCUUGAUGAAAUCAUGGCGUAUUGGCAGAUGCAUUUACCUCCCAGCAAAAGAGUGCGUGUUUUGGAGCAGGCUAAUGUGGCUUUGAAUCGCAUACCUAUGAAGCCCGAAAUGCUGAAUGCAAUCACCCAACCGGUGUUAAUAAUACAUGGAGACCGGUGCGACGUAUCCCCAGUCAAAUAUGCCGAAAGACUUCAUUCUGAGCUGUCAAAUUCAGAGGGAGGGGCGAGGCUAUAUCCUUUGAAAGGUGCCUCUGGUUCUUUAUGUACUAUCCAAGGCAACGCUUCCAUAGCAAACCAAGUCUUUGCAAAAUUCAUGUCACAACUACCGCGCCUCAGGUCCGACAUUAUCCCUCCUGUGACGAGCAUCGCGGAGCGAAUGAGUGUGGCCCUCGAUAAACUCGCAGAGUUCACAAAUGAUUCUUCCUUUCGUGCACGAGAUCCAACUUCAUCACUCUCCUUCAGCUGCCUUACUCCCGAUAUCGUCCGUAGCCAGACAGAGUCACUAGCACUUUAUUCCGAAAAUUUAGAAAAUGCAUAUUCCCCGGUUGGGCCUAACGGUCGGCCUUACAGAAGUCUUACUGGCAACGCUGACACACUUAGAUACUCCGAAAGGAAAGAGCAGGAGCACUGGUUUAGCGGUGGUACGGACGGAAACUCCAAAACAAACAACGAACACCUAGGGAGUUUCAUAUUACAGAAACAUGGCAAGUCAGAUUCGGAAUCGCUUGCGCCCUCGUCGGAGCCGGCAUCUAAUGAUCAAGUCCAACAGGGUCGACUGCGACGCGCCACAAUUACACCUGCGGCUUCGGUAGAGAAACAUGUUAUCAAGGGUUCGAUGGCAAAGGUUGUCGGAACCAAUUCAACAUCAAUAGGACGCCUAUUAAAAUAG